AAAUCACGUGAUUUUGACAGCUUUCAAGGCCAUUUUUAUUUACAUGAAACGUGGUCAAAAUUAAUCGUUCAAUAUGGGUGAAAAUCAAAGAAUUUUGGUGACCGGGGGCUCAGGGCUUGUCGGGAAGGCCAUUCAGACUGUUCUUGAGGAUGAGAAAAAGCCUGACGAGACGUGGAUUUUUGUUAAUAGCAAAGAUGCGAAUUUAUGCGAUUUAGAAGAGACUAAGAAAUUGUUUGAGGAGCAUAAACCGACCCAUGUGAUUCAUCUAGCGGCAAUGGUCGGGGGGCUAUUUCAUAAUAUGAGCCACAAUUUGGAUUUUUUGAGGAACAAUUUACAAAUGAAUAGUAAUGUUUUGGAAGUCAGUCACGCAACAGGAGUGAAAAAAGUGGUUUCUUGUUUGUCAACUUGCAUCUUCCCUGACAAGACUACCUACCCUAUUGAUGAGACAAUGAUUCACAAUGGGCCCCCACACCCCUCAAAUUUUGGCUAUAGUUAUGCCAAACGCAUGAUAGACAUCAUGAACAAGGCAUAUCACGAACAACAUGGUUGUCUUUUCACUUCGGUGGUCCCCUGUAACGUUUUUGGCCCCCAUGAUAACUACAAUCUUGAGUCAAGUCACGUCAUUCCUGGAUUGAUAAGGCGUCUACACGACGUGAUGGAAGCCGGAGGCAAAACCUUCACGGUGCUAGGCACGGGGAAGCCCCUACGCCAGUUCAUCUAUUCUCUUGAUUUGGCAAAACUGUUUCUCUGGGUUUUACGCGAAUAUAAUGAAAUUGAGCCGAUUAUUCUCUCAGUUGAUGAGGCUGCAGAGGUAUCAAUACGACAGUUGACUGAAGAAUUAGCCAAAGCGUUCGAUUUUAAAGGCGAAAUUGUUUUUGAUACGACGAAAGCAGAUGGGCAGUAUAAGAAAACAGCAAGUAAUGCGAAACUGCGCAAAUACCUCCCGGAUUUUGAGUUUACACCGUUUCCGGUGGCCGUGAAAGACAGUGUUGAUUGGUACCGAGCUAAUUAUAAGAUUGCACGCAAUUAAUUUGGUUUUUGAAAUAUUUUAAUUAAAAAGUUUAAAAAUGA